GAAAGCUCGACGGUGAGGCCCGAAUAUGAGAAAAUUCCAGUGGUCAUUUGCUGCUGAUUUUUCUCGCGUCAUUGUUUGUCAUUUACUGUAGAGACAGUGUGUGUGUGUGUUAUUGAAAGAGAGAUUGGAAAAAAGAAGCAAGGAAAAGAGACAAGAGUCGAAUUAAAAGAAGAUAGAAUCCAAAGGCCGCAGUACAUCAUCUAGUGAAUUGAGACACGUAUAAGACACAGAAUGGGUAAAAAACGGCGAAAGAAUCAACCACGAUUAAUACCUGAGCAAGAUAAGCGGAUAUGUGGCAGCAUAUGCUUGUGCCAAUUAACUAUUGUGCUGUCAUGUGUAUCGAUUGUUUAUUUAAGUGUGGCGAUUUACAUGCCCACAUACAAAGCUUUUCAAUCGGGUUUCGAAACGGAGCCGGUGAUGUGUCAGACAUUCCAUACGUUUUACGAUAAAAACUAUUGUCCGUGGGUAUCCUGCGGUGAAUGGUGUCUAACAAAAACUUCUGGCUUUUGUCCUCAAAUGUAUGCGACCACACGACGGAAUGGUACCGAAAUGAUGUUUGAAAACUGCACACGAUUUACACGAACUACUUGCCCUGAGGUUAAACAAGAAAUAUACAAAUCCAAGUAUAAUUGUAACAAUGGAACUCAAUGUAGCGCACUCACGGGCCUUUUUGAUUGUUCGCUUGGUCAUUGUCGUAAUGUUUCAACACACUUUUUGUGCCACUAUAAUGCCGACGGGAUCACAAUUGAAGCCGAUCGCGAUAAUAUGAAAUUAAAUGGAUUUUUUGACUGUAAAAAAUCACGUUGCGUUAAAUUGAACAAGCCACCGACUCGAUGUGAUCGAUACUGUCCAAAGGUGACCACAACUGCCGUAAAUGUCAUAAUUAUGAUCGACGACUCAUUGAUAACAGCCGAAUGCGAUAAUGGAUAUGCGUAUAAUGAAGCAAGAGGAAAGGAACAGGGCAUUAGACUUGCGGAACGAAAACAAAUUUGGAAUGAAACUGAUGGAAUUCUAUUGACCAAUUGCUUUAAUGCAGACAUAGACAGAGAUGGUGAUAAGAUAAGAGCCACCGAUUGUUUGAAUGGAACACUGCUAAAGGACACAAUCAUACCGAAGCCCUUCAUGAAUUUUACACAGUUUUGGAAGAUUUACAAUGAUAGCAAAACAUAUGUGGAUCCCACUGACAAAUUUUUACCAAAACAAUCGAGCUUAACCAUUUAUAAUUCAAGUCAGCUGUUUGUCAACUUAGAAGGAUGCGUGAAUACGUUAAGGGAUGAAUGUAUGGAUUUCUUACACACACAUGGUCGCGAUGGUCUCAACAAUACAGCACAAUCACGUUACUUAUGUUACUAUAAUAAGGACGACCCAACAAAAGUAUUGGCACGUUUUGAUUUGAAUCGGACGUGGCAGCAUUUCUUGAUCUUUUUCGGUGUACCGUCUGUAUUGUUUGUUGUGUCGUUUGUAUCGUUGUGUAUUAUAACACGUUCGGUGAAAGUCGGCGAUGACGCAAAAAUGCGCUGCAAAUAUUGUACGGAUGAGAAUUCAGACAUCGACGACAUUGAUGAGAUUGCAAACAAAUGCGUUCAACGUCUGAAUGCAAUCGAAGAAGCAGUUAAUGAACAAGAGAAUGCAGAACAACCGAGCACAAGCAAAUCAUUCUAUCAGCAAUCUCAACCAGCAUAUAAUGAACCCAAAGCGACGACUAGUAGAGCGGCAUAUGAAGAACAAGACACAUCAGGAGCAAUUGCACCACCAAUUAAUUUAAGUCCAUGCACUGAAACCACCGAGAAAAGCAGCACCUCAACAAACAUCGAACUCAAACAAGCCGAAGACAAACCGUUAGUUAUACUUUAAAUAGACAGAUAUAACAAACGUUUUUAUAAUCUGAUUACAUUCGAUCCCACGGAAGUAAUCAAGCUAUGAUGAUUAUUUUAUGUCACAAAAACAAUAUCGAACAGAGAGAAACUGGAAUAGACAGAUAUAUUAUAUGUAUUUUGUGACAAUUUUAUCUAUCAAAGAGGAAGAAAAUUCAUUCAUCAAUAACAAAAGUGAGUUGUAAACUGUUGUGUCAAAAAGAUAAAACUCGUUGUGAAAACAAUGCGAUAUGACAAAAAAGUGAUUAAAAUCACAGAAAAUAGAAAUGAUUCAAGUAAAUUUUUUAAAUUUAGUUUUGAACUCUUUCAAAUCUUUCUAAGACCGUAGUCCAGAUGAAAUUCAUAUAGUGACUUUUUAUAUACAAUUUUACCCUCAAUCAAACUAAUAGAGAUCGAAUUUUUCGAACAUAUUUCCAAUUUCUUUAUCAACAACAAGCAUUACAUAUAUUGAAAACUGAAGUUUCCCACUGAUUGUGACAAAAAUAAGAACAAAAAACAUACAAAAACAAAUGAACUCUGACUACCUCACUUUCAAUGAAAAAAAAAAAAA